AUGACCAGGGCGGAGGCAGAAGGUUCAGGUAACCUCGUUAUAGGCCAUUGUAUGAUAGUUGGAAAAGCUUGUUGUGUGCUAUAUGACUCUGGAGCGACACACUCAUUUGUGUUAGAUGCAUGUGUGAAAAAGUUGAGUUUGUCGAUGUGUGUGAGUUGCAGUGUAAACUUGUGGUGUCUACUCCGGCAUCGGGAGUUAGAGCUGAUCUUGGGAAUGGAUUGGCUCUCUACCAAUUGCAUUCUUAUAGAUUGUCGAGAGAAGAAGCUGCUUUUCCCCAUCUCAGAGGAACCUGAGUUGUUAACAUCUCAGGGGGUUAUGAAGGAACUACAAGGGGGUGCACAAUGUUACAUAAUCUUCACACAUCUGGAGGUAGAGAAAGAGGAGGGGACGUCAGUUAUACCUGUCGUGCAUGAAUUUGAAGAUGUAUUCCCGACGGAAGUGCCAGGUUUACCUCCCAAUAGAGAAGUGGAAUUCUCUAUUGACCUGGUACCGGGAACCGGCCCGGUGUCGAUGGCCCCAUAUCGGAUGGCGCCGACGGAGUUGGUGGAACUCAAGAGUCAGAUUGAGGAGCUUUUGGGGAAAUAG